AUGAUGGUCCCUGAGCCUUCGUAUGAGUACUACCCCGUCAGGGCCCGUUUCCCAGAUAAGGAUUCGAAUUCUAACGAUGGAAUCAACCGACGAGUCUUCAUCCGUCAAAAUAUUGACGAGUGGAGCGCCAAGGGAUCUAAUAAAGGACAGGUCGAUCUUUUCAUCAUGGGCUUGGAUAAACUCCAGAGAUUAGAUCCCAAGGAGAGACUGUCCUAUUUCCAAAUUGCCGGUAAUGCUUUACUGUUUGUCCCACGUUCCUACACCGGGGUUAACAUGCACUUAGGUAUUCAUGGCCAACCCUUCGUGCGCUGGGAUGACCCAAGUACUGAAACCAUGAAGAACGGAUACUGUUUCCAUGCACAUAUCAUAUUUCCAAUUUGGCAUAGGCCUUAUGUUCUUCUCUUCGAGCAAGCCAUAUACGAUGUCAUGAUCAUGGAAGUUAUUCCUCAAUUUCCAGAGGACCAGCAAGCCGCUUGGCGGGAAAAGGCUGACGCGUGGCGUCUUCCUUUCUGGGAUUGGGCGACAAAUGGUCGGGUUCCUGAUCUUGCCAAGUAUCCAACCAUCACUGUCCCGAAGCCAGAGGGCGGAAGAAAGCGCAUUGACAAUCCUUUGUUCCAAUUCCGCAUGCCAACAGAUAAGCCCAUGCGGAGUGAGGGUGUUGGUAUCGAGAACACUUGGGCCAAUGACGCCGAUCAGGAAGAGUACAAAAACUUUGGCAAUGCAAUUGGUACUAGCAGAUGGCCAGACGAGGAAGAUCAAAAACCCACCAGCGAAGGUUGGCGUCACGGCGUGGUCAACAACCGCAAGGUUGCCGAUGCGUUCAAUUCCCACAUGGGGUACAAUGAUAAAAAUCAUGGUCCUGCUGCGGAGAUGGUUUACCGAUUGCUCACGGUGCCCAUGGAUUACACUACUUUUGCGAGCACAAAUCCCGCCUCAAAGGACCAAAGUGUGAAUGAAGACCUGAAUAUUGAAUACAUACACAACAACAUUCACGGAUGGACUGGCGCUGAGGGGCAUAUGGGAAACGUACCGGUUGCUUCAUUUGAUCCUCUAUUCUUCCUGCAUCAUUGUAAUAUCGAUCGCAUUUUUGCUAUAUGGCAAGCUUUGAACCCGGAAAAAUGGCUCAGCAAUAUCCCGACUGAUAACGCCACUAUUCGAGACUCUUUCGGCAAAGAGCAUGCAGUUGGCGACAAUACACCCCUGCAGCCCUUCCGGCUGGAUGCAGAAGGUAACUACUGGACCCCAGAUGGUGUGCGGCAUACUCCCAAUCUGGGGUACACAUACCCGGAAAUUCAAAGAUGGAAUGCCAAAUACUAUCAAAAUGAAUCCCUUGACCAGGAUUUGCUCGCGGGUGAUUUGAAUAUCGCGAUAAACAAGCUCUAUGGUGUCUCAAGAGAGUUGGCCUUGGAUCCGAAGGUUCCAACUCCCGAUGGGGUGGAGCAGAUUGAUGGUGGACUGCAAAUCACGGAUUUUGCAUUUAGUAUCCGGUUUUUGAAGUAUGCACUGGGAGGUCAGCCAUUCUGGGUUAAGCUGUACUUGGCACAAGAAGAUGGGGUUCAAGUCCCGGUGACGGAUUUAAUUGCGGAAGUAUACAAUUUCAGCCAGAGACCGGAGCUUGAUGGGGCGACCGUCUGUGGAAAUUGUAAGAACGGCCAGACAGUCCGUGUCAAAUCAACCGCCUAUAUCCCUAUUACGCCUGUGCUUUACAAGCUAUUACAUGAUGGUCGCAAGCUUAAGUCGUUAACCCGCGAGGAGGUCCUCAGCUAUCUACAGAAACGGGCCUACUGGAGAGUCAUUAAGAAUGGCAAAGAAUUGCCUCGCUAUGAAGUUGAGAAACUCGAUUUGGAGAUCAUUGGCAGCAGUAACGACACGAAGUACUUCGAGAACCCUGCACGGCCGCCAACCUUUGAUAACUUCAAAAAGGAGCCCACAAUCUCGGGUGGCGCAGAUGGAGCAUUGGACCCAGAGCUCAAACAGCCCAAGGUCCAGCCUCCAGCUCCACGACCGGCACGGCCACGAGCUAAUUUGCCACUGCACACUACCCUCACGUUCAAUCGGCAGCUCAAGCCUGAUAGCGUUAUCUUAUUGGAGUCAGCAACUGUCGACUUGGUCAGCCCUGGAGGAGGAGUUGACAUGACUCAAAUCUCCAUAGCCGAUGCUUCCAAAGAUACUAUCUUUCACAUAUCUAUCCGACGAGGGCAAGAUCAGAUCAUAUUCAACGCGAAGGUUGGGGGCUCAUGGGGCAAGGAAGAAUUGAUCAGCCUCGAACAUCGCUUCCGGGCGGAAGAAGGGGCAACGAUCAUGAUUCACGACCAGGGCACCGGAUUCGAAGUCUGGAUUGACUGGGUUCAUGCUAUUUGGUUUACUAAACGUGUUAAAGACAGCAUGCCAUAUGCUAUUUCUUAUGGUUUGGGCAAUGACGAAGGAACCUCGGUGCUAUCAGAGGAGUUGGAAGUGCGCACUUAUCCAUCGAUGAAGGCUCUCUUCCUACAGAAGCACGAAAAUGAAGAGCACAAAUCCCUCUGA